CUGGCGGAGCAGAACCGCGAGGGGCGUGCAGGCAUAGACCUGUUCAACUACUUUACUCAAGUUUCGGGGGGGAAAACAGUUGUUUGUGUAGAUUCUUUUAUUCAGUACGAGCGGUGGGAUUUUACAGACCGACUUAGUACAGAAGUUCGGCGGACGAUGUCUGGAUCAUAUUGCAAAAGUUUGUACCCGUUCAGCGCGGAGCAGCACCAGCAGGGGCUGAGCUUCGAUGCCGGGGAGAUGAUCAAGGUGGUGCAGUCUCCGCCUGGAGGAUGGUGGGAAGGAGAGAAAGAUGGAGCGAGAGGAUGGUUUCCUUCAAGUUAUGUCCAGGUGUUCGAGAGAACAGCAUCGCUGAGUCAGCUUCCUGUGGAGGACAUAAAAGACCCUCUGCCUCCUCACUGGAAGUGCUACAUGUCUCCACAAGGGCGGCGAUACUAUGUCAACACUACAAACAACGAGACAACAUGGGAGAGACCGUCCAGUGUACCCGGGACUCCAAAAUCCUCCUUGCGCCACAAGAGCUCCUUACAAGCAGUGAAUGGAGUGAAUGGUGGGAGUUUGGAACAUCCACACAACAGUCUGAUCCGGAAAAGCAGUACAGAACCACAGUGUCCGGGAUCAACGUCGCCCACCAGGAAACAGAACAAGGAGACCACAGUGACGAUUAAUUGUGUGACUUUCCCUCUGCCUGCCUCCAUGCCAGAACAGCAGCUGCUUAAGCCAAAUGAAUGGAGUUACUGUGACUACUUUUGGACUGAUAAGAAGGAUGCCCAGUGCAAUUAUUACAUCACUGGGUUUGAAGUGUUAGUGCAGAAGCAGUUCAAAGGGAAACAGAUGCAGAAAGAGAUGGCUGAGUUUGUCCGAGAGAGGAUAAAAAUAGAGGAGGAGUACGCCAAGAAUCUUUCCAAACUUUCCCAGAUCCCUCUUGCGAGCCAGGAAGAAGGGACUCUUGGGGAUGCUUGGGCCCAGUUGAAGAAGAGUCUGGCGGAUGAAGCGGAGGUUCACCUGAAGUUCUCCUCCAAACUCCAGAGUGAAGUGGAAAAGCCUCUGCUGAGCUUCCGGGAAAACUUCAAGAAGGACAUGAAAAGGCUGGACCAUCAUAUUGCAGACUUGCGGAAGCAGCUGGUUGGUCGCUAUACUUUAGUGGAGAAGGCCCGUAAAGCUCUGGCUGACAGACAGAAGGAGUUGGAACUGAAAACACAGCAGCUGGAAUUGAAACUCAGUAACAAGAUUGAGGAAGACAUCAAGAAAGCUCGGAGGAAAUCCACACAAGCAGGAGAUGAGCUCAUGCGCUGUGUGGACCUGUACAACCAGUCCCAGUCCAAAUGGUUUGAGGAAAUGGUUACCACUAGUCUGGAGUUAGAGCGACUGGAGGUGGAGCGGGUGGAGAUGAUCCGGCAGCACCUGUGUCAGUACACCACUUUACGACAUGAGACAGACAUGUUCAAUCAAAGUACUAUGGAGCCGGUGGACCAGCUGCUGCAAUGUGUGGACCCGACCAAAGACCGAGCGGUGUGGGUGCAGGAGAACAAGACGGGAGACGUCCGGCCUGUGGACAUUGAGAUCUAAACUACUGUGGAGAGGACAAGCCUUCAUAUCUUGCACACUGACUUGAAGACAACAUGUCUUCCUGGACGUGGAUCUGCAUGUUGCGUCACUACAGCAGCCAUCAUCCACUUAAUGACUCCUGGAACAAAAAGGUGAUCUUUCACCUCCGAGUGAGAACCUGCUGAGGACGAUGAUGUCACUUCUGGGCUGAGAUUUACACGAGAACCAACGAAAUAGACAAAAGGACAUUUGUGUAUAUGUCGCGCUGCGUAAAUCUGCUGUUUGUUGUGCUUCUGCGCUGUGUGGAAAUUCUGACUUCAGACGCAAAACUUUUGAACAAAUGCUGCUAAGCAAAAUGCAUUAUUACCUAAAAGUAUUGCAUAACUGUUAACUCUUAUUCCACAUUUGUUACAGGUACACAUGAGGUAAUGAUGGCUGCAGCAAUUAACCACACAACUCUUUAAAUGAAGUUUUGACCUAUGAGCGUGAUUUAUUUUUAUAAAAGACUUUAUAGCCAAUUAUCGCCACUAUCACAACGAUCAUUGAGACAUAAUAUACAGUGAUGCCUAAAAAGUAACUUAUAAACAAGCAAAUGGUGCCUUUUUAUUCUUAUUUUGUUUUCACCUGAUUCCAGACAUAAUUGCAUUCCUUUAAUAAAACACAAAAAAAUGUAAACUAGUAUUUCUACUUGAUUUCCGUUUUAGUGAGUAAACAAUAACUUGAUAUAUAAAAUGUGAAAUUGUCUUUAAGGGCCUCUGGAUAAGACGUUAUCUCAGGGUUAGGUGAAAAAGGUAUUAAGUACAAAGGCAGUCGAGAAAUGUUCAUUCUAGUUGGUAAAAAAACAAAUAUUUAAAGUAAAUGAAAAGUGCAAUGGCUAAGUUGUGGUCAUGUGUGUCUUCAUCACACACCAACAAAAAAAAUCAUUCCAAAACCGACUGAAUGUUAUGUGUUCAAUUUGUACUUUAAAACAAAGAAAUCAAUGUAUUGCAAGGUGUGUAGCCAGGUCUGUAAAUGUGGGCUGUUUAAUGAUCAGAUUAAUAUAUUUUUGGGGGAAUGACUUUGUUUGAUUAGCCAAGUGUCAAUAUAGUGCAAUAAAAAGUCACACAAACAAGUUUAAGGGAACACCUUCAAUAGUUCAUUUCUUGUUGCAGUUCUUGAACAAAUAUACUGGAAGUGUUUUAAGGGGUUAAUUAUGCAAGUUUGAUAUGCAAUGUUAAGGCGAUGUGAAAUUAAAGACAGAACCCACAAAAAAAAUGUUUUUAAGUAAGUAAAAUGUCAGAUUAGUGGUUAAUGGGAUGUGAAUAUUAUUGACUCCUUUUUAAAUGCCUCCAUCUUACUGAUCAGAGGCAUAGUGGUCUACUGUACUUUGGUGUAUCAAUAUCUCAGCCUCCAAUGUUUUUAAACCGCUUAAUAGUUGGGACUGAGUCAACAGCACCCUGCUGGUCGUGUCCAAGUAGUGCACUUACAGUAAGAAGGAGAUUUACUGUACAUGGCCCCAUUUGUCACAGUUUACCUGACACAUGAAACAUGACGAAUUGGGGGGGUUGCACUAUCCACUUUAUCCGUCAGAUGGCUGUGGAAUGUUGAAUAUCCAAAAAUGUGUUUUGUGGCAAUUCCAACUUCGACCACAGCGUCAGUGGCUAUGUAGAGUGGCGCUUUCCAUAAUUUUCAGCAGACUGCAUUGCAAUACGAAUUUAAUUUUGUAAAAAGGCUAAAAAGAAAGUUCUACAUAUAUUUAAAGAGAAAGCUCUGUGUUUUUUUUUAUAUCAAUAUUAUACUUCAUUAAUGUUAUGUCAUACAACAAUAAAGUGUUCCAACAUUU